UCUGUUUUAAUGUACUCUUCGCUUUGUGCGUCUCACACGCUGGCUGCGUCGCAACGUACGUGUCAGAGGAGGCCGCCGCGGCUCGCUGGAUGCGCACCGGACGGGUUAACCCCGGUUAGUUAGUUGGUUAGUUUAGUCAUCGGUGUAUCUUGCUACAGCGCUGCAGCUCUGAGAUUCAUUAAGACUCGUCCGACUGACUCCCGCGCUCUUUGAUUCUUCUUCUUGCUGCGUCUCCUGUUUUGCUCACUAACGAAACAGAAUAACAAAAUGAUGAACUACAAUAACAACAACAUACUUGGCACCCCAAACCCAAUGUCUCUCCCAUGCAUUGGUGCCAACCCAUCCAUCUCCAGCGCCACUGGGAGCCUGCUGGACAGGAAGGCGGUGGGGACCCCAUCUGCUGUUGGGGUGUACCAGCGGCGCCACUCGGUCAACAUACCCAGCUCCAAGUUCAAUCACAACCAGUUCCUCAACAGCCUGAAGAUGGACCCGCCGCUCACCUCGGGCAGUGGCAGCAACAAGGAGAACCGCUUCCGGGACCGCUCCUACUCAGAGACUGGGGAGCGGCUGGCACCCAAGUGCGCUGGCAGUCCCAGCAACGGGGCCAGCGGCAGCCAGGUCAACUCCAGCCGCUACAAGACGGAGCUGUGCCGCCCCUUUGAAGAGAACGGUGCCUGCAAGUACGGCGAAAAGUGCCAGUUCGCGCACGGCGUCCGCGAGCUGCGCAGCCUGAGCCGCCACCCCAAGUACAAGACGGAGCUGUGCCGCACCUUCCACACCAUCGGCUUCUGCCCCUACGGCCCGCGCUGCCACUUCAUCCACAAUGCCGAGGAGCGCCGGGGACCCCCGCCGCUCUCAGCUUCCAACAAGCUGGACAGACCCCGCCUUCAGCACAGCUUCAGCUUCCCGGGCUUCCCCAGCACAGGCGGCUCUCAGGAUAGCCCCACCUCCGUCACGCCACCGCCCAUUUUCUCCAAUGAGGACAUUGCGGACUGGCCAAACAACCCCUUCACAUUCUCCAGCCAGGAGCUGGCCAGCCUGUUUGGCCCCAGCCUGGGUCCUCUGCCUAGCGCUGAGCCCACUACUCCGGGCCCGCCAUCCCCAACCGCGCCGUACUACUUCAGGCCCCUGUCCAAUUCGCCACCCAUAUUUGAGUCACCCCCUAGCCCGCCGGACUCCCUCUCUGACCAGGAAGGUUACCAGAGCAGUUCAGGCAGCCUCAGCGGAUCAGAGUCUCCCAGCUUGGACACCACCCGUCGACUUCCCAUCUUCAGUAGACUUUCCAUUUCCGACGACUAAGGCGCACGUGGCCGCAAAAGAUGGAAAGUUAGAAGAAUUUGGCACUCCCCUCUGCCUCCAGCCCUCUUUGCCUUUCCUCUCUCAAUACCUGUUCCCCUUGCCUCUCCUGUCCUUGUUUACAUAUAGAGAAUCUCAACGUAUUCUGUGCAGCGUUUUAUUUUAAACCCACAGCAUGAUGAGAGGUCUGUCUUCCAAGUGAGGUGGUAGUUGGGGCCCAAGAAGUGAGUGCAUACAGACACACACCUCCACACAGUGUAUACUGAUUUCAAAAGGACACCACCUGAAUUAAGGGAAUGACUUUUCAAUUCUAAAGCAAUAAGUGUGGCUCUCAAGUCUUUCUCCCCAUCUUGCCCCCUACCCUGCCUUGUAUUCCUAGACCUCCAUGACAUACUUUUUAAUAGUGCCAAAAAAGAGAAUGGGUAAGAGAAUGUGAAUGGUGCUGGAAAGGUAUUGGACUGUGACUGUGGCCAGACACCACCUGCCUUCCUUGUUGACUUGUAGCAGUGCAGCUGGUGUCUUGGCCUGGGGAACGCUUCACUCUCUACAGGCUGCCUCUUCCCUCAAGACCCUUUCUCCCCGAGCUAGCCGAUGUGAGUGUUAAGGCUGUAGCUGUUCUAACUUUUAUUUACAGAUUUCUUGAAACAGAAAAGAGAUUUUAAGUGCUGGGGGCCACACCUGCAAAAUGCUAUGUUUGCUGGACUACUGUGUUUAUGCUUCUCAUAGCUUUCUGCCCUCUCGAAGUGCUCUGCCCCGUAGUGAUUUAGUGGACUAGGAGAGUCUGCGGGAAGGACUUAACAGAUCAAGGUUGGGUUCUGGAAUCGGCCAGGAAAAGAUGAGUCUUUAUUUUGGUGCUAUGAGUUCAAUUCCCACCACCACCUAAACAACCUAAAAAGAUAUGAUGCCUUAAAUUCUUGUUCUUCUUAAUUCCUUCAUCCAAACCUCCCCAGUUUUCCCCCACCCCCUCCUGUUGCUGGUCACUGGUUGUGUUUAGAAGGGAAACUUCUUGUGGAAUCUCUGGUUAUGGCGUGUUAACCGGUCAGCUGCGUGGUGUGGUCAAACCUCCCUGUUGCAUCUCACCACAGAUGCUCAGAUCAGUUCAGAGCAAAUCCUUCCUUUUAUAGAAUAUGCUCCACGGAGCACUUUGUACCCUUCCCAUCCCGCUUUUUCUUUUUGGUUUAUUAAUAUUUUAUUAUUGUUACUGUUAUGGUUGUUUGGAAAAACUUUCGGAGUGGAAGGUUUUUGCUUGUCACUGCUUAUUUAACUUAUCAAACGUAUUUAUUGCUGAUCAUAUGCAUUUUUUUGUUAAUUUUGUUUGUAUUUAUCUGGUUAAUGAACAAUAGAAUAUAUUUUCUUUUAUGUUAAAUUAUGAUCUUCCGUAUUAAUCUAAAGAUUGUGAAGACUUGUCAUUUUUUCCUUUUCACAGUUUAAUAUAUUAUACUUCGACUUUUUGUUUGCAACUACUCUGUUAAAAUGAACCUUAAUUUAAAGCAAAAAAUGCAAGUUUUGUGUUUUGAUUUAUUUAUUGUAGUUUUGGUUGUUUUGGUUUUUUUCCCCCCUUCACUUCCCCAGUGUUGGACUGCAAAAUUUCAGGAACCUUAUUACUGCCAUGUUGAUUUAAUUCCUCAACUUUAUCUGACAGGUCUUAAGACAGACUGUGCUUUUCUGUUUCCUAAUGACAGCUCCUUAAUUUGCGUUCACUGCUUUACAGUCAGUCCCAUCUGCUACAACAACCAUUUAGUUUUACUGGUUCCUUGAAUUCUUUCUUUGGUCAUCUUGCAGUAUUUUCUCCUCGGAAAUAUACAAGCUUAUAUUAACUUCUGUUCUAAUGAAGCUGAUAAGCAGCUAGAUGCAAUUUAUACUCUUGACACCAGUUAAAAUUCCCUCCCCCCCCCCCCCCCCCCCAAUAAAAGGGAUUUUGGUGUUUGAGUAGGGGAGAUGUGACUGGGGUUGGGAUACUGCAAAAGUCCUCCUUGAAAUAGAAAAAAAAAAAAAAUACUUUUAUGGGACUUGAAGUUCCCCAGAAACCAGUUGGCUUCUGUUAAGCUAAAAUUUCUACUCAGUCCACCUGUUGAUUUGGGUGGUUUUGAAAUGUGAUGUACAUUGCAGAGAUUGUAUAGUGAAACAACAUGCACAGUGUGUUAUGUAAGAAUAAAGCCUAUUCAUAAAGUGCAUUUUGAAGCUAGAUUUAAACAAGUACCUAGAUUGCCAAGGUGAGGAAUGUCAGGAGUUCUAGCUGUGAGACCGAGGCCUUGUAUUUGGUUAUUAAAAUAAUUACUGAUGGGCUUUGGUCCCGUCAGUCACAAACCUACGCUGUGACCAAACCUGUACAUAUCAUGUACGCUAUAAAUAGUCCUUUUAGAACUGAGAUUACCCUCACCCCAAAUGUUAAGUGCCUCGUAAUGAAUACAUUCCAGGUAGCCAACACAUUCUGCCUUUGUGUUGUAAUAGAAAUAUGAGGAAAAAAUUAAUUCCACGUUCUGUUUUUCCAUGUAGGAUGGAGAGGUUAACAGGACUGACACAAAGAAAGUAAACUGUUGAAUGUAUUGUGUUUUACAGCUGUUGCUGUUCACUACAAUAAUAUCUAUGUGAGUUUAUACAAUUUUUGUAACGACUGAUUGCAGUUAACCAAUAAACCCCAUAUUUUUGAAAAAA